GUUGCUGAUCCUGCCCCAUGCACGCAGCUCCACAGACAGCGUGAAAUGGACUUCUCGUUCGGUGCCGAUCCGCCCACGGGCGAUGACUUCUACUCCGACCCCGCCAACUUCUUCAAGGCCAUCGGUCGUCCCACGCCAAAGAUGCCCUCCGCGACCGAGGUUCGCAGCAAGGCGCGGAAGAGGGCAGCUGCAAUUUUCGCCAACUACGAGCUGCUGAACCAGAUUCUCUUGAGGCACGAGUCCACCAUUCGGAAAAGAUGGUUCAAAAAGGGCCGACAGCAAAGGCUCAAGGUCUUGCUGAAAGUAUGGCCUGGAAUGCCUCCGAACCAUCGCCCCGACUACGAAGCCUUCAGAAAGGCAAGGUCUCAGCCGCUGCAGCACGCGCCCAAGCAGGUCAAAGACAGCUUCAUGUGGCCGUACGUCAACCAGGAAGACUUGACGCAGACACAGCCGCUUCUUCUGUUGCUCAACGCCAGAGGUCGUCACCCUCCUUCCAGUUUCGCCGCCGCGGAUAUUGAUGCCAUGCACUUGGGCAUCGUCACUGAGGCCAUUGAGCGCAUUUUUCUGAACGAGCAUACAAUGAUACUACAUGGGGCCAUCCUUGCCGAGGAAUACGGCAAACUUCUCGCGUGGGACGAUCAUCCGGAUGCCUUCGACUGGAUGCAUACCCAAAAACAGUUCAAUCCCGGCGACGGCCUCGUCAUCCUCGAGGCUCAGGACAGGCUCAUGAAGUUUCUCGUUGACUGUUGCCACGACAUACUUCACGAUAUCCCUCAUGAUCAGCUGAUUAGCGAAGCGUACCCUAUUCAGCCGGAGCUGCCUCUACAGCUUGGGGGUGAAGCACGCGGGUUUGAGUCGCUGGCUUCAAUGGCCGCCGAAGCCCCUUACCGACUCCCAGCUCAACUAGACCUCGGGCGAAUCGAGUCGUUGCUCUCUGCAAAGGCUCGCGCAGCAGAAGACCACUUGUGGGCUUUGCGUGAAGAACCCGCAUACUUUCGACAGUAUGUCCUGGAUGCACGAGAGCAUCGACUGGAAAUGAUCAAGGAUGCGCUUAAUAACACUCAUCCAACACUGGUUCCGGGCCGUGACUGGCUCUUUCGGGCCCGCGUUGUCGGAGAAGUCCUUUGUGAGGCAUACCUUGAGCUCGAACUUUACUCGGAACUCCACCGCCAAGCCCAGAAUUUGUUGACUCUGGAGAAAAAGUACGAGGCAGCAAUUUCGCCGCUGAAGGAUCUCCCUGAAGAAUAUCUGAACGCCCUCUUGACUUUCCGCCACUUCCUCAACCAAGCAGUCAAGGGGCCCUUGGAUCAGCUCAAGAUAGCUGUACCGGCAUGUCCACCGAUGCGAAAGUUCUUCGUUCGUAGGCCGCCCGAGGAUUCCAGUUCUUCGAAAAUGGCGAUUUCGGCAAGCGGGCUCAAAAAGAAUCACGUCGAGCGUCAGCUUCUCUAUUUGCUCCAAACUUUGUGGGAAAAUGGCGACAACCUCUUUCUCCUUCGCUUAUCGCGCGUAGUGGAUGAGCUGGAGCGUCUUUUGCUGACCGAGCCAACCGCGGGUGACCUCAUCUCCAACUACGUGGCUCGCUUGGUCGGCAAUCUCUCCAUCGUUUCUCAGUGCAUUCAUCAGCUGGAGAUAUACCAGCCGUGGGCCCAGAACUUUGAAGAUGCCUUCCUAAGCGUCAAGGCCGAGAUCCAGCAAGAAUUUGCCACCAAAAGCGAACCAUGGGGGCAGAUAAUGGCGGCGUUGAGCGAUACAAAGCUGGCCGGGGCGUCGAAGCUUGCAGAGCCGCUCUUGAGAAGCUUCACUUAUCCCAUUGACAAGAGGCGCACCAAAGAAAACGUGGAGAAGCUACGUCAAGCCGAGAGAGAUCUCGAUAUGUUUUGGGCUGAAGUGGACCGUGUUAUGCGUCCUGCAUCUAGCAAGCUGCAAGAUUCUGCUGUUCAUAAGCUCUUCACGUCCUCAUUAUUACAACGUACGCCGGAAUGGGUCGAUCAGCCGACACCACUGACUGUUGCUGCGACUGCUCAUGUCGAGCAACCACUCUCGCCUCUCUACUUUGACCUAUGGAACGGGCGAGCAGAAGUCCAGACAAAGCGCAGCAGUGCCCAUACGACGCCCGCCAAAGCCAAGGUCAAGACCAGAGGCACAGCAGACCGACAAAGUGAGCCGUCAUGUAGUGCUGAGCCGACGCACCAAGAAGUGGAAACCCCCAAGCCCUGCAUCAAAGUUGAUAGCCGUGCGUUCAAGGUCUUUCGCACUCUCUUCUUCAACUCGGAUAUCACCUCAACUCCUGGAGAGGUCCCUUGGAACGAUUUUGUGCACGCCUUAACUUCCGUCGGCUUCACUGCGCAGAAGCUUUACGGAUCAGUCUGGCAGUUCUCGCCUUCUGGACUUGACGUCGAAGCAAGCAUUCAAUUUCACGAGCCGCAUCCUCGGGGGAAGAUUCCGUUUAUGACGGCGAGGCGCCACGGCCGGAGGCUUGCGAGGAACUUCGGCUGGUCUGGAGACAUGUUUGUACUGAACAAGUAGACCUUAGUAGCUGGUUGUCAUCUGGGCUUCGAGUAUCGGCUAUUUUUAUGGGGAUCACAAACCGUAGAAAACAUCUCCAGCCAAUGAUGUACACAGGCAGCCAUCUU